AGGGAGCGAGGGUUAACGCCGUCCGCUAAUUCAAACUCCAGUUAGAGCAGCGCUCCAAUUCACAAUAUACAACAAACACACUGACCCAAGGAAAUGUCAUCACUCACUCCCGAAGACGAACACUGUAACAGCCGCAGCGUCGAUGAGAAGCAGUCGAGGAACUCCAUUCUAACUGAAUGGAUUGGUAUGGGGAGAAGCGGACCACAGAUCUCGGCUAAGCGGCAGCUUUUGGACUGUGUAACGUUGACGAUGGUUGUACUUUCGCUGCUGUUUCGACCAGUUCACUGCCAGCAGUGUCGAAUCCAGCGCUGCAACACGGAGUAUGUGGCUUCUACCUCACCCUCUAGUGGCCUGCAGGAGGACGUGGCUAUGGAUGUGGACUACUGCAUUGCCUUGCGGGCCUACGCUCUGUGCACCCGGCGGCAGGCGCGCAGCUGUAGAGGCGACCUGGUCUACCACUCGGCCGUCUUCCGCAUUAAGGAGUUAUUCUCUCAGCACAACUGCUCCAGCGACGGGCCCACGUCCUCCGCCAAGGUCCCCAGCACGUCUCGCCCAGUCGUGUCGGAGCUGUGCGACUACGAGAACCGGGUCCUCAUGUCGGGCUCGGCCGGGCAGCAGAAGAAAUACGCCCACUGUGGAUUAUUCGGAGACCCGCACCUACGGACUUUCCGCGACGAGUUUCAGACCUGCAAGGUGGAAGGGGCGUGGCCUCUGAUUGACAACCGCUUCCUGUCGGUGCAGGUGACCAACGUGCCUGUCGUCCUAGGCUCCAGUGCCACGGCAACCAGCAAGAUCACUGUGAUCUUCAAGUCCUUCCACGGCUGCACAGAUCAGAAGGUGUACCAGGCCACCACAGAAGAUCUUCCAUUGGCCUUUCAGGACGGGACCCGCAGUGGCGGCGAGAGCGGCAGCCUGACUAUAGUAGAGCGCGGAGGCUUCGGAGUGAGCCGCCAGGUGAAGAUACAGGCCCGCUACAUCGGCACUUCCAUCAUCGUCCGGCGCGUGGGCAGCUACCUGACCUUCGCCAUCCGCAUGCCAGAGGACACCCUGGACUUUUCGGAGCAAAACAGCGGUCUGCAGCUCUGCCUGCACGGCUGCCCACGCAACGAGCUCAUCAAGGAGCACACGCUGGGCCGUCAGAGCCAGCAGCCCCGCCUGCAGGGCACCAACACAGAGCUGGGUCCUCUGCGGCCUCCUCACCAGGUCUACACGGUGGAGCGGGCCACGGCCAAGUGUAGAGAGACUCUGCAGGUGGAGGACGUGUACUUUCAGUCCUGUGUGUUUGACUUGCUGACCACAGGAGACCCCGAGUUCUCUAUGGCAGCCUACGGCGCCCUGGAGGAUUUAAAGGCGCUGCCGCCCAGUAAACUGAAGCAGAAUUCCCCGAGGACUCCUCGUCUUUACAACCCAACACCGUCGAACACGGCGGCAGCAGCUAACAGCUCCAUGCUCUCACUCCUAAUCCUCUCUCUGCUGCUUUUGUAAAAAAUAAAUGAUCUAAAAACCAGAAAAACAUGGAGACUAACAGAACGUGGAAGCAUUACCAGCUUGAGGAAAGAGUGACUAGAGCUCAGACAUAUGUAUUUGUAUUUUUUUGGGGGGGGUAGGGGAAUUUGUGAAUGUCGUGAUCUUUUUCUGUUUUUGUCAUUUGAAGGAUUUCACACUCAUAAAAGACGGUGUUUCUUCCCACUUCACAUUGUCUGUGGAUUCACUCAUGGGUCACAUCAGCAGUUGAAAAAGACAGAAAUGCAUGAAAUCAUGUGGUUUGGGGUCCAGUUGUUUCCAUAAGCUCACAACAAUCUUUAAAAACUCCAUCAUUGUGUGCGCUGAUGUCACGGCAGCUAAAACAGCAUUGAGUUUUUUUUGUAAAUAGAAAAGUCAUCAUACAAACACUCCAUCACGUGUGAAGCUGCACAUGUAACUCCAUACUGUAUGUAAGCGACGUGGCUUCUAGAUCCUGUAUAAUCCAGUAAUAUCAAUAGCACUUAACGGUUUUAACAGCAAGUUUUGUGUAUUCAAAUGUUAUUUCUUUGUCUAUUUCAACUGUUAUUUCAGUAAAUUGGUAUGCUAAGUACACAGGAUCCAACAACUGUAUGUAAAAACUACCUAUCCAUAAUAUAUACGAUGUGUCAGUGUGAUAUUCAACAGUUUUCAUCUUCUGUGAAACACUCCCUCUUCAAGCUGUUUGGCUUCCAGUUUUUAAAAGGUAAAAAAACACAAAUCUUUAUAUAAUAAUAUAUUAAAAGAGUGUAUAUAUGUGUUUUAUAUUGUGUACAUUUGCCUGUGUAUAGAUGUUUUAACUGUAAUGUGUUUUACAUUUGUUGUGUUUUUAGUAGGUUAUUUUGAGACAUUGUAAUAAAAGUUAACUAAUAUGUGUUUGUAAUUUUCUGUAUUAAAGUGUUGGACACUCCAGA